AUGUUGCACGACGCCUGUCUGAGUAUCUGGCACGCGACUAAAUGGACCGCGCGGACGAUCAAGAAUGCACCGCUAUGGAAACACUUCCGGUGGUCGAAGAAGCAGUUCUACGCCUUUCUCCUCUUACUCAGCUGGGUCAUCCUGCCCAUAUUUGCAGCGGGCACGGUGACACCGAUAAGAUACAUUUUCGCAGACAAGACUUUGUCAUGCGGAAACACCAUCGGCGGAGACCCUCAGAAUGCAACGGUGACGGGAAUAGAGAAACUAUUUACGCUGGACGCUACGUGGGGCCAAUUCACCUUCUCACAGGCCAAGACGAUAGACAUUCUCUGGGACUUGCUUAUCGGGAAAGGCGCGCAGGCAUUGGCGUGGUGGGCCACGUACAAUGUCUUCUGCGACGCGCUACUACGCGCGAUCGAGCGACAUCCGGCGAGCUUCAGCAUUUUCCAGAGGAUGGCUAUGGAAGGGCCCGGGUUGCACUGUCUAUGGGCGUUGACGAAAGAGCUAUGGACUGCGAAGAGUAUACGGACGCGAGUUUUGUUCUUCUACAUGUUUUGGUCGACGGGUUACGUGCUUCUUGUACCCAUUGUCCUCGGCGCCAUGACAGGUUACGACAGCACGUCUAUCGCGUGGCUCGAUAUCGACGGGUCCAACAACAUCAUUCCCGCUUCCCAAUUAUCAAGUGCGUGGGUUAUCCUGGGCACCAAGAACGAGACGUGGAAGCAACCAGGCUGUGCGGACUACGAAUUGCAGAGUGAUUAUGGCUACAUUACGGAUAAGAGACGGCAAAGUUGUGACUGCAAAUUCGCCAACGGCACCACUGUAACCGCCGCCGAACAAAGAGACCUCUGGCAACACACCUCGUUUAAUCAAUACGACGAUCUUUUGUUCAAUUGCACCUUCGACUUCCCCAACAACACACAGACCUGGACGGAACAAAAGGUCUACAAUCAAGAUUCCAUCACUCAUCUCUGCAACACCAGCGUCUCCGUCCCUGUGGGUGGCAAAACGUACAACGCCGACGACCUAGUCGGAGACUACGGGUACUGCUACAAUGGAAUUGGGUAUCAGUACUACUCGCUCAUAGGGAGAAGCCGUUGCCUCCCCGACACCGCCAACCCGACCUAUCAAUGGGGUUUCUCGACACUCAUGGCUGGUUUGUUCAUUUCAAUUCCACGUUAG